AUGACUAGGGAUAUGUGCUCUGGCCGAGAACUUCGGCUGCCAGUCACCGCGGCGGCUCUGCGUAACGCACAGUGGAUUCACGUCCUGAUUUCACACUUCUUUAGAAAAAAAACAAAAUGCGAUAAACUGGUAGCUGAAUCACGAGAACUCAACACCUUAUGGAGAAAGGCAGGGGAGAAGCCAUACAAGUGCCAGUGGGCCGAGUGCGAGUGGAGGUUCGCCAGGUCGGACGAGCUGACGCGACACUACAGGAAGCACACCGGAGCUAAGCCCUUCAAGUGCCACAUCUGCGAGAGGAGCUUCGCCAGGUCGGACCACCUCGCGCUACACAUGAAGCGCCACCUCCCGAAGGCGGGCAAAUAG